UGUCACAAGUUUCAAGUUUCAAGCUCUUUUUUUUAUUUAGCACUUUUUAUCUGUAAAAUUACUAUUUGAAUUGAUUUGAAUACAUAAAAUUAAGUGUAGUCAAAUGGAAAUGGAAGUAAAACAGGAAAUUAGCGAAGAAACGUGUAAAAUAGAAGAAAUAGAGUAUAAUGAUGGUCUUUUGGAUGCCUUUAAAUGUGAAAUGCAGGAGGAGUCCAAUAGGCAAAGUACUUAUGGCACAUAUGAUUCUUUACAAUUGAAGAAAUGUCCCAUAGACACUGAGAUAGAACAAGGUGGAAGUAAACUUAAUCGAUUUGAAGAGAACCAAGAAGCUGAAAAAGGGUAUCUCCAAGAUGAAGCCAAAGUGGAAAUUACGGAGAAACUCAUUGAAGAUUCAUCUUACGAAGGAAAUGAUAUGAGUCGACACACUGAAGGAAACACUUUAAAUAAAAAUGUGAAAGUUGUGACUGAAAAAAGACUUUAUAAAUGUGAGAUUUGUUUCAAGCAAUUUAGUGAAGCAGGUACUUUAAAAAUACAUUUGAGAUUGCAUACUGGAGAAACACCUCACAAGUGUGAAAUUUGUUUAAAACAGUUUCUUAAUGCAAGGAAUUUGAAAAGACAUUUGAGAGUGCACACUGGGGGAAAACCUCACAAGUGUGAAAUUUGUUUUAAGCCGUUUACUAGAGCGGAUCUGUUGAAAGUACAUUUGAGAGUGCACACUGGAGAAAAACCUUAUCAGUGUGAUAUUUGUUUUAAUCGGUUUCCUCAAAAAUUUCAAUUAACUUCUCACAUGUCAGUUCACACUGGGGAAACACCUCACAAGUGUGAAAUAUGUUUAAAACAGUUUACUAGAGCAGGCGAUUUGAAAAUACAUAUGAGAGUACAUACUGGGGAAAAACCUCACAAGUGUGAAAUUUGUUUUAAGCCGUUUACUAAAGCGGAUCUGUUGAAAGUACAUUUGAGAGUGCACACUGGAGAAAAACCUUAUCAGUGUGAUAUAUGUUGUAAUCGGUUUGCUCAUAAAAUUCAAUUAACUUCUCACAUGUCAGUUCACAUUGGAGAAAAACCUCACAACUGUGAAAUUUGUUUAAGACAGUUUAAUAGAGGACAUGAUUUGAAAACACAUUUGAGAGUGCACACUGGGGAAAAACCUUACAAAUGUGAUAUUUGUUCUAAGCAAUUUACCGUAUCAAGUAAUUUGAAAACACAUUUGAGAGUGCACACUGGUGAAAAACCUUACAAGUGCGAGAUUUGUUUAAAACAGUUUAGUAGAGCAGUCGAUUUGAAAACACAUUUGAGAGUGCACACUGGUGAAAGACCUUACAAGUGUGAGAUUUGUUUCAAGCAGUUUACCGUAGCAAGGAGUUUGAAAACACAUUUGAGAGUGCACACUGGUGAAAAACCUCACAAGGGUUAAAUUUCUUUUAACCCUUUGGGGUUGAACACGGUGGUUCCACACUCCACGAUGGAACCACCUUUAAACAAAUAUUCUCCUACUGCCCGAGUAAUCGUACGCUGGGACUACCGAACGGAAUGGAAUGUAGACAUCUUGUAUUUCACCGAUCACGCGAUUACAAAAUUCUAGAAGCAAUUAUGCAUAGUGUACAUCAUACAUUUGGCGCACUAACAAGUGGAUGACAGUGAGGUUAUUUCAUUGCUGUAAAUAAACAAACAUUCUUCUACUGAAAAAAUGUAUGUAUUAUGUUAAUUUGUUGAUAAAUAGAUGUAUUUAUAUAUUACAGUAUUGAGACUUUCUAAACUGCGAAGAGAACUGAGUGAAUUUUGAUAUUUUGUUUGGUGGUUCCAAUAGGUGCCACUAGGCCGAUCGGUAACUAUGUUACUGUCGGUAUGUUUUGUUACAGAAUUCCAAAAUGAAAAGACGUCUUGAUUUGAGUAAAAUAACAAGUAAUGACACUUACGAUUUACUAAGAGAUAUCCCAUCGGAUAGAUCAGACGCUAAAAAAAUUGUUUCAUUCCACUUCACGCUAAAUAAUUUUUUCGUUUGUGUCCUAGUGGUUCCACAUGGUACCAGUUUUUUUAUAAUAUGUAAUUACAAAAAUAUAAUAUAAAAGACCUUUA